AUGAACGAUCCACUGCAGCAUCCAAAACGCAUUCUGAUUAUUGGUGGUGGAGUCGCAGGUUUGACCUUGGCUCUUGGCAUCAGACAACUCUCUCAGCUGCAUGGCUUGAAUCUGCUGCCUGUUAUAUACGAGGCUACGACCACUUACACUGACAGGGGUCAGCAUUUGAUGAUAUGGAAGUGGGCUGUUGAGGGGUUGCUGGAUCUGGGACUGGGUAAGCGUCUUGGUUCCAUUGGCUGGCCUGUAGUCAAGUUCACUUCCUUGGAUGCUUCGUCUAGAGAAGAGCUAGUGCGAUGGCCAUCUUUCCCACCUGCAACUGCAACUAGCUCGACCAUCCCUUCUCUGUUUAGAGGCUCUGGUUCGGCUUCUGUUGCUUCCAGCGCUCUGCUAGAUCCUGCUGGAAAACAUCCUGCUAAACCCUCAGCCAAGGACUUGGACCCAGAGGCUGGUGUCCGAGUCACCACUGGUGAUGCUUCCAUGGACGAACAUGCUUAUUUACCCCCACUCUUGGGUCUGCGUAAACCUGACCUGUUGCGGCUACUCAUGACUGCUCUGGCUGGUCAUGAGGAUCUUGUUUCUAGUCUUGAUUUGGCUGUUAAAGGCGCCAAUAAUAACGACUAUGCCUACUAUUUGCAAGCCCAACAGGCCAGGAUUCGUCGUGGCUCUGUUCCCAUCUCUCCCUCAAAUACUGCUGCUCCUGAAUCUGAAAUCCCUACUGGUUUGCUGGGUGAUUUGGCCCAUGCCAACUGGUUUCUUGAUGAGGGAUUUGACACGAGCGUUCCUAAUCUUCAUAUGGGCCAUGAAUUGGAAUCUUAUGCCAUCUCUUCAGAUACUGGAAAAGUCACUGUGCGCUUUACCAACGGCGUAACAGAUUCUGGCUUCAUGCUGAUUGGUGCCGAUGGUCUUUAUUCUAAAGUCAGAGAAAUGCUACUCGCUGGUCGUGUUCAUGCACAGCAUUCUGGAACAGCUCUUAUAACUGGCAUCUGUCGUACUUACAUGCCUCCUGCUGAUGUUCCCACCGAAUUCGAAGAUGGUACUGCUAUUCCAACCCUCAGUCGUGAUGCAUUGCUCAAGUUUUGUCCUGAUGGCUCAUCUCAAUCUUAUAUUGAUCGUGGACUCUCAUUCGGUGUCACUAAUAUCGGAAAUGGAUUUUUGGGUUGGAACAUGAUUGUAUCGCAGCAGCAUCAAGGCCAAGUAAUUGGUGAUUAUGUACGGGCCAAGCGUCGUCGUGAUGUCGGUAGUACUAUCGCUACAAUGUCUACAGGAAUGGGUGCAAUCACCGGAUUGACCGUUGAUGGCAUGCAUCUAACUUCAAACGUGUCUUCUUCAAGCGUAGAUGAGUGGAUGGUGCCUUCUGGAAGAAAUUCGAGUAUGGAACUACCCGAACAUGCAAAUCAAAGCAAUUCCAGUGUUGCAACCAAGUCCGAGUAUUCUACCACCGAAAAAGUGAAAGUAGACGACAAGACUGAAACGGUCGAUGCGACUGAUGCGACUACUUUUUCUACAAUAGUCAAUGCUCAGUCUGAAGAGAAACGAGAUGUAUCUCAUCCUGUUAUUAUGGUCCAUACUGCCGCUGCUUUACGGCGGGACCAAGAUAAUCAUGCUUCAAAGAUUUCAAAUUCCUCCGAGGCUCCAUCUACCACCCAAAGUCGCAUUGUUAAUCUACCCGACUUUGAAGACACUGCCUUUGUGUCUGGUGAAGAGUCGCGCGGUCUUGCAUUGCAUCUGCUCAUGAAAAGAUCAACCUUGCCAUCAGAGGCAUCUGUGCUAGUUGCUAGGACUGAUACUGGGUUUAUUGCUGCAUUCGAUAAUAUGGAUAUGGGUGAAGCAACUCCCUACUCUUACUCCUCACCCAACUUUCAUCCAGGCCGAGUGCUGUUGAUUGGAGAUGCUGCGCAUGGUGUCGCAACUGCAGCACAUGGAAGUGUAGGCGCAUCUUUGGCCAUUGCAGAUGCCGUUGUAUUGUGCAAACUGAUAGGCCAUUACAUGAAGCAGGAUGAAUCGUUAAUUUCUCAAUCGAGCGCUGCACCCACACCUGCACCUGCAUCGUCAGUGAUGAACCCAACUGUGACCUCGGCAGCCGUAUCAGCUGUAUCAUCUUUUUCCACAACAAUCUACAAUGGAUCUCAAGUUGUAGAAAGUGUGAUUGGGCCCAUGAUAUACGAUGCAUCAGCGGAGCCAGAACCCGUAAGAGAUGGUAGCGAGCUCGAUUCAGAUAGUUUACGACUUAAAGUGAUUAGCAGCAAAUUUAUGGCAUUAAGAAUGCCAGUAGGAAACGCAUGCUGCUACGAUGCAAGAGCAGAGCUAACUUGGAAGAUGCAUGAGGAGGGGCUAUGGAAAAAUCUGGUCAAAAUGAGUAUUGGAUAUACAUGGGCUCGAUCUACUUAUCAGCAGAUGCUGACACGGGGAGCACCAGUAAUGCAUGCUGGUGGGGACGAUGAGGACGGAAUUGUAUGGCCAAAACUCUCAAAACUGUAA